CACAAAUCGAAGGUUUAGCUCCAAAGUUGAGGAAAAUCUAUUCCAACAUCCCCUGAUAACACCUAAUCGUUAAAAAUUUUGUGGAAAUUCUAUCUUAAUUAAUGAUCAAUACAUUUAAAUAAACAAUCAUACACACAAUAAAAAAUCGGCAAGGUGUAACUGUUGGUUCAAAACACAAAAAAUGCGCGGAUAUAUAUUUGACCAAUAUUUAAUUGAAGAAUACCCACUGUGAUGCGCUUGACGUUGAUGGUGAAACGUUUCUGAAGGGGAAAAAUAUUCACUUUAUAUUUUAAAAUAAUGCUGAUAAAUUGGUAAAAUAUUUGCUUAUUAGUUCUAUAAGAGUUAUCAAAUUAUCAAUUUUUUAAUUUAUUUAACAAACUAUAAGAAUAUCACUUUCACAAAAUGUCACGAUCUGCAGUCCUGGUAGGCAUCUGUGGUGAUCAUUUAUUGGUAAACAUAUGCAACCGCGUUGAAUCAAUGUGCACCAGAGCUGUUGCAACUUCUAAAAAGCAUUCCGCUAUUUUGCUCGAAAACUAUUACUUCCAAUGAAUUUUAAAGCUUUGUUGUUUUUUAAGCAUGUAAUUUUGUGUUGUGUUUGCGUCUUCGGUGAUAAACUUACGGAAUAUGUGCAGAAAUCGGCACUUUUACGGGCUUGCAUUGACAACGCCACGCAUGCUUUCAUCGGCUGUGUUGUUGCAGAAAUCACUCUUCAUAGUUUGAAAUACCAAGUUUCUCACCAAGAAUACUGUUUGUUGCUCUUUGUUGCUCUCAUUGUAUCGUCAUUUAUUGAUCUGGAUCAUUUUAUCGAGGCAAGAUCGUUCAGCUUACAGGAUGCUACCCAUCUUGAUCGAAGACCAUUUCUACAUAAUUCUGCCAUAUGUCUAGCUACUUUUUUGUUGUUAAUACUUGCCAAGCGCUUUGCAGACAUUAAAUUAACCCUUUUUAUCGCUAUGGUAUUUAUCGCUUUAAGUACUCAUCAUUUACGCGAUGCAACAAGGCGAGGGAUAUGGAUUAAAUCACCGUUUCAGGACAGUAACACUCCUGCGCUUCCUUACGCUGUGUUUCUUGGCCUUGUAAACAUUAUUCCGCACGUGGUUCACCAUGUUUUGACAAAUACGUUUAGCAGCAAGACGAAUGCGCCAAAUAUGAAACUAGUCGAGUUGGUUUAAACUAGAAACAAGUAUAUACAAUGUGAUAAUUUUAAUUUAAAGUUGGUGUUUAUAAAAUUUUAUAUUAAAGUUAGAUCGGAGUUAAUACACAUCAUACCUAAUGUUUUAUUUUUUUCUUAAAUACAUGUUUCUUUCUGACGAA